AGACGCAGCCGUAAAAUGAAAAUACAAAGAUUCAGUUUGACAAUUAGAGCAUAAAAGGCUAUUGCAUGGAUUUAUAUAUAUUUUAGGUCAUCUGAUCGAAAACGAAUCAUGGGACAGUGUCUUUAAUUAGCACUUACUUCGAUCAUUAUCGCCCUUGCGGCUUACAAAGUAUAAGGCAGUACGCGUUAUUAUUUUAGUCGUUUUGUUUGUACUCGGGGUUUGUAGAAAAUUCACAUUAAACCGAAGACGAUUCGAAAGCUGGAGAUACUCCUGGGCUGUCUUUCCUGUUAUCAUUUGGGCCUGGGGAUGCCGCAGUCGGAGCUCGCUAAAGAGCCAGCGUUUCGGAUGUGAUCGUGUUGUGGGUGAUUCGGACUUGCAUACAGUGACCAGGGCAGGGAAAGAAGUAAUGUGCACUUGUCCAUGAUACCCAUUGCUGGACAUGCAGAAAAGGAUAUUGACACUUACUAUGGCUUCUCCCAUAAGCACCACAGAAGGGUUAUACCGUACCCAUAAUUCAGUGUGAAGAGGGAAUGAAACUCAGAGGGAGGGAUAUUCAAGAUCCUUCCCUACCGUGGAUAUCCAACGUUUUGGGAGUGCAGAGUGUCAGACUGCGACUGAGACUGGAUCGUCGGGACGACAAAGGAAAACGCUGCUGGCAGUUGGUUGAUUUGGGUGGUGGAAGUGAAAGAAGAUUCCCAAGACUGAGAAGCCAAAUACAACUGGCCUCAUCACAAAACCCAAUGAGUAUUCCUGCAACUUCAGCACAGAAACAAGACAACAGUGAAAUGCAAUCAUCUGCAAUGAGCCCUUCAUUCAUUCCUGGCCAAAGAGGGAAGAUACCAGGAAGAAAACGAGGAAGACCACCUUUACGCAGUACUGUCUCUAAAGUGGAUUUCCAAAAUCGUUAUUCUGAAUCCCUUUCUCCACUGAAAGUACCUAAGAAGAGGGGAAGAAAACCUGGAUUUAAGCUCAAGUCUCGGAUUAUGAUGACACCUUUGGCUAUCUCCCCGCCAAGCAGCACACCAGAGCCAGAUAUGAGUUCUAUUCCUCAAGAUGCUGCCACUGUUCCUCAUUCGGCCACACCUCAAGUGCUUACAGUUUGCAUAUAUAUAAACAAGCAAGCCAACACAGGUCCUAAUCUUGACAGGAAAAAAGUACAGCAGCUUCCAGAUCAUUUUGGACCAGACAGGCCCUCAGUAGUGCUGCAACAAGCAGUUCAAGCAUGUAUCGACUGUGCUUUCCAGCAAAAAGCUGUCUUCUCUCUGCUCACUCAAGGUUACGGAGGUGAAAAAAUAUCAGCUACUUUUGAUGGGAAACAACAUCUCCUGAGCUUACCUGUAGUGAACAGCAUUGGCUAUGUUCUACGCUUUCUGAAAAAGCUGUGUCGUAGUCUACAUUGUGAGAACCUUUUUAGUGACCAACCAUUUAUACAGCACAACGCCACCUCCUACCACUCUGAGAAGUAUUUUGAUGGGAAUGCGCACACCAAAGCAGAAACAUCGAUGCCAGAAGACUACUUGGUUGACCCAGUUGACUCAAAGAGAUACUCUGUUGACCCCACCGAUUCUGCAUUUAAUGCAAUGAGUUCCCCAUAUCCAGCAAAGCCAUCAUACUCUUACCGGUCCUGCCAACAGUUUCAAGGGGGAUCUACUUCAGUGGGCAUGUGCAGGCAAACGUCCAGCCCCAGCACCUUUCAAGAAGGAAACAGAAGUGCCUAUAGCCCUUCACCUGAGUCCCAGGAUUCAAAUCCUCCACUUAGCAAAGAUCCUUCUACUUGGACUGUAGAAGAUGUUGUGUGGUUUGUAAAAGAUGCAGACCCCCAUGCCCUGGGACCACACGUAGAAGUGUUCAGGAAGCAUGAAAUUGAUGGAAAUGCUUUGCUGCUUCUGAAAAGUGACAUGAUUAUGAAAUACCUGGGACUGAAGCUUGGACCAGCACUGAAGCUUUGUUACCACAUUGAUAAAUUAAAACAGGCAAAAUUCUGAAUGUCAAGAUAAGAUCAUUUGGGGGUGAGAAAACCGUUGGUUAGAUUCAGGAAUAUUACAAGGCGAAAAGACCUCACAAGAAUAAAAACGGUGAUUCAUUCUGUAUGAUAGUCUUCAACUGCGAUACAGAAGGGUUGUCAUUUUUGAACAAUUCUUCUUGGCCAUGUGGAGAUGUGUUGGCUGUGAGACUAUUUUCUGUAGAUAAUAAUAUGUAUCCGAUUAUAACUAAGGCCCUUUUUUACUUUUUUUAACUACUUUAUACUGUACAAUUUUUCAGAGUUAGCUGCUUUUAUGUAUAGCCAGGAGGAGAACAUUAUGAACUUUCAAUAAUCUAAAGGGCAGCUAUGAAAGAGUCACCUUUCCACCUUAUAUACUUUCCUGUUUAAGUCAAAGUGAUAUAGACCUUCUUUGAUGUCCAUCAAUGCCCCCGAUCCUCUGUCGGAUAUACAGUACUAUGGUUACUGGCUAACUUAAAUCAUUAGUAAUCCAAAGUGUUGCAAGUAUUUAUGAAGUCGGAUACAUCUCCACAACCAAGAUGUUUAUGUCAUUGAGAUUACGUAUCCAGAAAUUGGAUUUAUUAGUGCAGCAAUGUGUUUAACAACUUGAUAAUAUCAGACAGAAAUUAUUAUUUUUAUAUUUUUGAAACAAGUUAAAUUUAAUUUGGAUAUCUGGGAGAGAUUAUUCUCAACUGUAAUAUUUUCUGGCAUUACAUACUGUGUGCUAAGAUCCUAAAUUAACUGUCAGGUCACAGAUACCUUAAAUCUCUCUCUUUACAUUCCUUCACACUAUACACAACCUCCGCAGUUGCUUUAGAUGUAAAUUAUGUUGGGGGGGGGGGCA